AUGUCGAUCGUCUCGCUCUUAGGUGUUCAGGUUCUGAACAACCCCGCCAAGUUCACGGACAAGUACGAGUUCGAGAUUACCUUUGAGUGCCUCGAGUCCUUGGAGAAGGACCUCGAGUGGAAGUUGACCUACGUUGGCUCGGCUACCAGUGAUCAGUAUGACCAGGAACUUGAUAGCCUUCUGGUUGGACCCGUCCCCGUCGGCGUCAAUAAGUUCAUUUUCGAGGCCGAUGCGCCCAACACCUCCAGAAUCCCCGACGCCGACAUUCUCGGUGUCACUGUUAUCCUUCUGACCUGCGCCUACGAUGGUCGCGAGUUUGUCCGCGUCGGCUACUAUGUCAACAACGAAUACGACUCGGAGGAGCUCAACGCGGAGCCUCCCUCCAAGCCCAUCAUCGAGCGCGUCAAGCGCAACGUCCUUGCCGAGAAGCCGCGUGUGACUCGUUUUGCCAUCAAGUGGUAUGUUGUCAACAGUGCUGGGGAGGAAAACACGAAACAUCAGUGGAGCUAA